AUCUAGACGAGAAAAUGAUUGAAUUUCAGAGUAUAGAGCCAAUUGAUGAAAUAGUUUUUAACACAGCUGGUGACUUAUAAAUGACAAAUACAAAACUCUCAAGAUGCAGAGAACAGGUAGUUUAGUAAUGAGAAAGUUUUACUUUUUUAACAAAACUCAUUUGAAGUUUCAAAGCUUGUUUCUUAAUUACUGUUUAAAUAUGUGAAUAAUAACUCUAGUUCAGCUUAAAACGCAAUAUAUAAAUCAGUAUUUUGAAAACAAGUUGAGUUGUAAACACUUAUUUAUUGGAUAAAACUGUUAGGGAUGCAGAGGAAUAUACCAAUAAUUAUCAUGUUAAGUCUAAUGGUGACCUUGGACUUUAAAUGUACACUCUCUAUUGGUCGAUAUUUGUUUCGCUUGUUAAAUAUUGUGUAAAUGUUGUUUUCUAUUUUAUGGUACGAUGUGGUUUGUUUGGUAUAUAAAAAGAGUAUGUCUGAAAUAUAAUGAUUCAUAUCUCAGAGGCUGUGGCAUGUGUUCUGGACUCAACUGGCUGGGAUAGACAGGGAAGCAGGAUCAAACAGAACACUAGGUCUUUCGUACGUGUUUACGUGUUACUGUAAUCGAUCAAUAAAACGCUGCUCCAUCUAAACUGCAAUCCACCAUUUACAACAAAAACACUUGGUCUAUGCUGUUGACACAACCUUUUCGUUGUGAUAUGAUCACUUUCCAUCAUAUUCAAUCUAGCGAUAUCCAAUAUCAUCAAAGUCAUCAGUAAGAAAGUAUAAUUUUCUAUUAAGAAUUUAGUUUUAAUGAGAACACAUACAUAUAUUUACUACAUUAACUGCUUUUUUAGAAAGUCAUUAUUGAAUUCGUUUGCAUAAUACUAUGAUAAUAUAUUGAUAGUACUAAUACUUAUACUAGACAGAUAAUUGCUCUGACAAUAUAUUUCAUUUUUCUUAUUACCUAUAGAGCUGGAAAAAAUUAUUUGAUCCAAAUCGUACUGGCUAUAUAACACUAGCAAAGUUUUGCGAUGUGCUAGGAGUAAAAAUGGAAGAAGCUCGAAAGGUUAGGGAAGAAAUUAAAAGACGUUCAACCAAUAUACUUCCAUCUGAUGUCUAUGUUAUUGCACAACAAAUGAGUAUCGCCGAUCAGAUACAAAUAAGUGAUCAAGCUAGACGUUUAUUAUUUCCACCUAAUGAACUUGAUAAUAAAGAAAUUGCUCAUAGUUUGAAAUUAUGGCUACAUAAAGUAUAUGGUCCAAUAUGGCAUGUUGUGGUAAUACGUGGCGAUUAUGGUGCAUCAUAUACGCAUUCAGAGAAUCGAUCAUUUCAAUUUCGACUACGAAACAAAUGCUUUUUAAUAUGGAAUACACCUGAUCAAUAA